CUGUCUGUCAAAAACAGCUUGUGAACGAGACGAGCGACAGCAAGCGAAUUGAGAGUAAACGAAGCUAUCAAAUAAUCCAACCAGACAUCCACAUCUGAUCCAGGUUCCAACAUGGCAGAAUUACGAAGAGCGGAGAAGCUUGCAUCAGCUAAGAAAAGGCUGAAGCAAUUCCAACAAAGGAACAAAGAUGGCCAGAGUGAGUCUGGGAGGAGCACUCCUUCAAGAAAAAAACAAGAUGAGGAUUCAACCACUUUUAUGAGUGAGAAUGGGGGCUCGAUCCACAGUCUGUCACAUAGUGAAAACCCAAGCUCCAACAUUAGUGGCACAGAUUCACCAGUGUUUGCCAUGGACAACAGCAUUGAUAACCUUUGUCAAAUUUUCAAUGGGAAUUCACAACCAGAUAUUUUGAAUUUGAGCACACUACCCAAAGUCUCGGAGGACCUUUUUCAAAGUUCCUCACCUAAUUCGUUCUUCAGUGAAACGUCUCCGAGACCUAAUGCUCAGUCAGCAUCGGACUUCUUCGACAACCUAUCCUCUGGGAACGACCCCCCAGAUGGGCUAUCACAAGAAUCGUAUCCUGUCCAUGACCUGGCCUUGGCUCCUAAUGCUGCUCUGAAUGUCACGGCGUUUCAUUCUCCGCACGUAAAUGCAUCUACGCCAGAUGGGCCUCUUUUUCAAGACACUCCUAACUAUUCUUUCCCAGAUGCAUCCUUUUCUCCCAUAAAAGAGAUAAAAAACAACAUGUCCAGUGAAAUGGUGACAAAGAAGUUGGAAAUGGAGUUGAAGAAUAGCCAUGCAAAAAAUAUGGAGCUUGAACAGCAACUGACAGAACAGAAAACCCAAAUAGUUCAACUCCAGUCACAUCUAGAAGAAGUUAAAGUGAAAGCAGAUGAAGGAGCUUCUGCUCUAAAACAUCACAUCCAAGCGAUAGAGAUUCUUGUGUCUGAGAAGACAGAGCUACAAAACUUGCUGGAGAGACGACAAGAGACUUUGGACUCUAAGUCAGGGGAGGUGGAGGAGCUGCAGGGACGGCUGAGGGCAUCACGUAAACGUGUGUCAGAUGUGGAGCGGGAACUGGCUAACACCAAGUGUCACAUUGCCAGUCUGGAGGGAUCGUACAACGACUUGCUUCGCAGUCAGGCUACGCUACUGGCGCAGUCGGACAUUCAAGGAAAACGAGUGGGAGACUUGGAGCUUGAAGUGAGCGAUCUGCGAAGUAAACUUGAGACUCGAGAUCAAACUCUGGUUACAAUCAGGACUGAUUUGCUUGAAAAGACUUCACAAUUAAGUUUGGCUGAAGUACGAAUACAGCAGCUUAGUGGAGGGCCAGAAAGUGAUGGAAGACUAGAAGAAGAGCUUCGUCAAAGAAAUGAAGAAUUGGUACAGACUGUUCGGAACCUGGAGAGUCAAUUGAAUGCAACAAAUAGCACCAAUGAUGAAUCGAUGAAAGACUAUCAGCGAUACGUAAAUCGACUACAGACUGAACUACAGGAAUUGAAAACUGCACAUGAGACUGUCAACGAACAGAAUAUGGCGCUUACGGCAAGGGAAAAGCAACUGGUGCAGCAAGUGAGUGAGCUGGAACGACAGUUGGCUCGAGCCCCGCAGCCCACAGAGGACCCAGCGCUGCGUGGUCUGCGCGACGAGCUGCAGCUGGCCACAGACAGCAUCGCAGCUCUGCAGGUCCAACUACAGGAGAAGACCAGUGAGGUAGAUGUCCUCCGGGAAGGACUGCAGGAGCGAGCUGCCAGGAUACAGGAGCUGGAGGUGACAGUGGAACGUCUGGAGACAGAGCGCCCAGACACGGCCAACCUGCAGGCGGCUAUUGAGAGCGACAAGGUGGCUGCAUCCAGAGCAAUGGCCCAAAACAAUAAUCUCAAGAAACAGCUGGAAGAGCUGCAAGAGGCUCUCAUCAAAAUGAGCAACAACAAGCUGGAGCUGACUCAGCAGCUGCAGCAGGAGCAGCACCUCAGCCGAGAUUUGACUGAAAGAUUGGAACAACUGCAGGAAUCAAAGAUCACAGAAGUGGAAAAGUCGCAACAGACGGAGAAUCCUUCCUUGCAAGAGUUUGGGUCUCAGACAACAAACAGUCACCCUGUGGUGAGUCCGGAGAUGAUGUUGAAGUUGGAGGAGAAGUUCCGCAAGACGAUGACGGAGUUGGCAGAUCUGAGUGAUGAAAAACAGCGGUUGGAGCAUCUGGUGCUACAGUUGCAGAGUGAGACGGAGACAAUUGGAGAGUACAUAGCACUAUACCAGAUACAGCGAGGUAUGUUGCGGCAGCGAGCGCAAGAGAAAGACGAACAGGUUGCGCAGCUGGCACAGGACAAAGAGGCUCUACGCAACAAGCUUGUGCAACUCAACUGUCUGGUACAACGGCUUGUAGGGCAAGGACACCAUCCACAAAUCAAUGGUUAUGAAACUGAGCUUACCGAAGAGUCAGAUAAGCCGAACGACCCAACAUUGUCACCAACCCCUGAAAUCACCACAGCGAAUGCAGAGACUGCAGAACAGAUUCGAAGUCUACUGACGGAAAUCGGAUCACACAACCUGGUCUCAUCGGGAGAACAUUCGAACAUCACCUUCCAUCCCUGUCCUUGGUGCUCUGGCCGCCUCAUUACCGUCUGAAUUGUGCCUUGCCUCUCGUGUGUAAAUAAACAAAUCAAGGUUACCUGAAACAUGUUCCCAUUUUACGGAUAUAUUUUAUUGGUAUAUUUUAAUAGCUAUGGGCAUUUAUUUAUCUGAAAACGUUUAUGUAUAAGUGCAAUAUUGUAUUAAGAAAUGUAAAUUAUAGUAAACAAAGAGAAUUUAUGAGGUGAAAUUCAAUAAAUUUGAAAGUACCUUUUAUACUUUAA